UCGCUCAGCUGCCAGUGAACAGAAUGUACCAGACUGGAGCAGAGCUGCAAGUGAAAACAGCACGGACAGGGACUCUUCACCAGAUUCAUUUAGUUGAUGAUUGUAACAUUUCACCCCAGUGCUGUGUCAGGGAUCAGUGCCGCAGGACUGAAUGGGUUUGGAGGGCACACUAUGACUGACUGAUUCUCCUGUUCGUAGUUCUCCUUGACGAGCCAGAGAAGAACAACACAGUAAGAAACAAAGCUCCUGGCCACAAGGUUUGGCUUCAGGGGCUCAUGGAAAAUCAGCCCUUUCAUCGUUUAAGAAAGAACCGGAGCUCUGAAAAGGGGAAUGCCAUGGGAACACACCUGCCUGACAGCUUCACCCCGGGGAAGCCGAAGCCGUCCAAGGAGCGGAAGCCAAUGAUUGGUGCACUACUUGUCGGGCUCAUCUUGUUCAUUUCGGCGGUGGUGGCUUGGUGCUACUACAUGGCGUCUAUCAGGAAGGCAGAGCGGCUAAAGAUGGAAUUGAUGGACCUGAGGAAGGAUGGGUUCAUCAUCAAAAACCACAACGGGGAGGUGGUCUUCAGACUGGCCUUCCAGUCGGGCACCCUUGACCUGGAGUCCUGCUCGAAAGAAGGGGAAAUUUUAACCUGCACCAGGUCGGACAGAGGGAAGCUGAAUUUCUUCAUUCAGACGGUCAAGCCCAAGGACACGGUGAUGUGCUACCGCGUCCGCUGGGAGGAGUUUGUGGUGGACACGGUGGUUGAGCACACCAUGUUUUGGGAGGACGCUCACUGGUACGGGGGCUGUGAAAUGAGCGUCCAGCACUGGCCAAUCAGACUCCCAGGGUACCAGGAGCCCAUGCCCUUUGUGACGAGCGACGUGUAUUCCUUCAGGGGCAGCUUUGGAGGCAUCUUGGAAAGGUACUGGCUGUCCUCGAAAGCGGCGGCUAUAAAGAUCAAUGACUUGGUGCCCUUCCACCUGGGGUUUAACGCCAGUGAACGGUCGCUCUUCUUUCAAGCCAGAUAUAAGGAUUCUCCCUACAAACCUCCCUUUGGGCAGCAGCCUUUCCCGGAGCUGAGCUACCGUGUCUGCGUUGGCUCGGAUGUGACCUCCAUUCACAAAUACAUGGUGCGCAGGUACUUUAACAAGCCUUCUAAGAUUCCAUCAGAAAACGCCUUCCGGUACCCAAUCUGGUCUACGUGGGCUCUGUACAAAAAUGAUAUUGACCAGGAUAAG